UAGAAAUCAUGGAUAUUCAUGCAACCAUCUGUUAGUAUUUUCAUCAAAACCUCUAAAAAAUUUUCUACUCUGUUUGAGGCCGCUAUAACUUUAAUAAAGAUGAUUAUAAAACUACUACGAUAAAAGUAACUUUUAAAAAAUAAUUUACUUUUUUCCGGGACGGAUAGAAAAUUUUUGAGCUUCAGAAGAUCAGUUAAUAUAUCAGUUAAUUUGGGUUUACAUUAAUCAUGAUAUAAUUAAGAGAUAUUUAAAAAUUUAACUAUAGAUCAAUUAAAGAAAAACAAAAUUCAAAGAAUGCCUGAUGAAGUGCCCGGCCGUCGCCUGCCUAUGGCCCCCUUCUGCGCCCUCUCACCGUAUCACUGCCGUCACUGUCCUCCUCCACAACCCUCCAUCACUCUUCACCGGUGGUUCCGACGGUGCUAUCGUCUGCUGGGCCCUUUCCGACAACGAUGUCCGCCCCCUCGCCCUCCUCUGUGGUCACGCCGCUGAGAUCUCUGUUCUGGUCCCUUUCCGUCGGCGACGGAAGCUCCCCAAAUGGGCGGGGAUUCCUUCCCAUUUGGCCGCUCUUCCAUCUUCACCGCGCCACGUUUUGAUCGCGUGCAGCUCAGGUGAGUCUUCGAAGAGUCCCGUGCUGAUCGUGGACUCCAGCACGCUGCUUUUGGUGCAGACCAUCUUACAUGGGAGCUUGGGCAUUGGGUAUGUGAAGUCCAUGGCGAUCGUUGGACUCCAGCACGUGCUGAUCGUGGCCAGAAGGAAGAAAAGGCCGUGGGGAAGGAGCGGAUGGGAUAAGGGUAAGAAGCCGAGGACGAUGAGUGAGCCUUUACUCGCCAGAGGUGGCAGCGGCGCAGAGGGAGAUGCAUAGAUUGCACCAUCGCUUCUCGGCUCCCUUGUCGUCGUUCAACUUCGUUCAUUUGCACGAGAGCGAGAGCGCAUACCGCACGGGAUCGCUCCUUCUUUCCUUCGUUGCUGUUCGACUUCGGCUCCUCUUGGCUGUUCGACUUCGCUCUUCGCAGGAUGGCACGAGGCUGGUUCUCCAGCGAAGAAUUUCAAACCCGCUCGUUUUGAGCGGCUUUCGAAGUCGCGGGAUCCGCCUCCCGUAAUACACGAUUAAUGCAUUGGAGGUUUUCCUUUUGUUCCGCUAAAAAUUAGCCAAACAGCAAAAUUUAAUAAAUACAUGUAUUUGUUUUACUUUACCCUCUUAAUUCAGGCAACCAAAC